AGCCCGCCCGGCACCACCAUGCUCGCCCUGGAGGCUGCACAGCUUGAUGGGCCACACUUCAGCUGUCUGUACCCAGAUGGCGUCUUCUAUGACCUGGACAGCUGCAAGCAUUCCAGCUACCCUGACUCAGAGGGGGCUCCCGACUCCCUGUGGGACUGGACUGUGGCCCCACCUGUCCCAGCUGCCCCCUAUGAAGCCUUCGACCCUGCAGCAGCCUCUUUUAGCCACCCCCAGGCUGCCCCGCUCUGCUAUGGACCCUCCACCUACAGCCCUGCAGGGAGCCUUGAACUGGCCCCCAGCCUGGAGGCCCCAGGGCCUGGCCUCCACGCAUACCCCAUGGAGGACUUUGCCAGCCAGACCCUGGGUCCCCCGGCAUAUGCCCCGUACCCCAGCCCCGUGCUGUCAGAGGAGGAAGACUUACCGUUGGACAGCCCAGCCCUGGAGGUCUCGGACAGCGAGUCGGAUGAGGCCCUCAUGGCUGGCCCUGAGGGGAAGGGAUCCGAGGCAGGCACCCGCAAGAAGCUGCGCCUGUACCAGUUCCUGCUGGGGCUGCUGACGCGCGGGGACAUGCGUGAGUGCGUGUGGUGGGUGGAGCCGGGCGCCGGCGUCUUCCAGUUCUCCUCCAAGCACAAGGAGCUCCUGGCGCGCCGCUGGGGCCAGCAGAAGGGGAACCGCAAGCGCAUGACCUACCAGAAGCUGGCGCGCGCCCUCCGCAACUACGCCAAGACCGGUGAGAUCCGCAAGGUCAAGCGCAAGCUCACCUACCAGUUCGACAGCGCGCUGCUGCCCGCAGCCCGCCGGGCCUGAGCGCACCGAGGCUCCCACCUGCCGAGCUGCUGGGGUACCUCACACUCCAGCCAGGAACCCCUCGGUAGAAAAAGGGCGUCCCCACAGCCUAGGUGAUAGGACUUACGCAUCCCCACGUGUUGGGGUGGGGAGAGAGCUGCCCUGCCACAGUCCCCAAGCCCAGCCCGGGCCGUCGGGGAUUCCUCACUUGUGCCUGGGGUCCCUCUGGGAUUUCUUUAUCAUGUACGGACUCCCCGGAUCCUCAUGUUUUGGGUGACAGGACCUAUGGACCACUGAACUCCAGCCUGGGAGACAGAGCAAGACUCUGCCUAAAAAAAAAAGAAAAAAAGAAAAAAAGAAAAGGAAAAUAAAAAAAGAAACCUAGGAGCCCAGGAGUCAGGUGCCCUGGCCUCUCCGGGGACCCUGUUCCUCUUUGGGCUGAGAGGCUGGGAGACCAGGAGCUGGAGAGAUGGCCACUAUACUAGGCGAGGCAGGGUGGCAGUUAUUCCAGAAUCCCAAGAGCUUCUCUGGGAUUUUCUUGUGAUAUCUGAGAACCUGGCGAGGAGACCUGGGACCUUUUUAAGAUCCCUGUGUGUGUGUAAACCCUCAGUCUCAUCCGGGCUGGGGGCCCUGCAGGCAGCCCUGAGCCCUGUCCAGGGGUCCCUCUUGUCGGAUUUGAGAUCUCCUAGUUAUGUCUGGGGCCCUCUGAGAGCCAUUAUUGUCUCAGAUCUCUUUGCCCAUCUAUGGCUGUGUUGUGACAUCUGUCUCCUCAUCUUUGAGAUCCCCUAAUUCUCUGGAACCAUUCUGCUGUCCCCUUUUUAUGUGUCUGGAGUUCCCCAAUCACAACUAGGGCUCCUC